GUGAGUCUCGCCCAGUGCAAUCCCCUCCCCCCGUCGGUCUCUCGCCAGCACUUCACGUCUCUCCUCCACAAUCACUCUCACUCAAUCUCACACUUCUCCACUCUCACAACACUCACCCCAUCUCACGCCACCCCCACCCCUCCCAUGCGGCCCCCCGUGCCGUCUCGCUCCGCUCUCCUCCUCCUCGUCCCUCGCCGCGCCGCGGAGUUGCGCGACUCGUGGGGCCCGGGCCCCCCACUCCGCGAGCUGCGUCGCGGGCUCCGCGAAGCGCUGAGCCGCCACGCGGGGGGCCCUGGGGACGGGGAGGAGAGAGAGGACGGGGAGGAGAGAGAGGACGAGGAGGAGAGAGAGGACGGGGAGGAGAGAGAGGAGGAGGAAUGGCGUCUUUCGCGGGGACCCGCGAAGCGCGGCCUCGAGGCGGGAAGCGCGGGCAGAGCCCUCAAGGCGAGGAGGGAGGUACUGGCCGUGCCGCUUGUGCUGCUGCUCACGUAUUACGCGUGCCUCUGGCUGCACCCACCCACUCAGCAGCUCGUGUCUCGGCAUACGCAGCGCUGGGUCUACAAUGCGCUGCGACGCGUGCGGCUUCUCACACUCCCCAUCACGCGGAGAUACAACCUGGCAGCGUACCACGACCAGGAGUGCCUCGUCUACAACCCCCUUUACUCGGACCCCACACCAAACUGCUCGUUCUGCGCUGCCGUGAAGAGCGUCAUCUUGCUGGACGAAUUCUCGAAUUUUACGCAGUACUACUAUGGCCAGGCUGACCCCGUGCUUGUGAAGGGCGGACAGAAGGACCACGUGGGUUUGGAAGACGUCCAGCACUUGCAUGCGGUGCAUGGGAAGACCCUGGACUUGCGUCCCGAUGAAGUCUCCUGCAGCAACGACUCUGUGUCCAGUUUCUCCCAUCUCUUCCGGCUGUUUCCCACUGAGGAGAUACUAGCUCGGAGCUCCACAACAUUCCAGUGGAAGACGCAGCGGGUCGCGGGGACUCGGCUGCUGCGGGAGCUGUUUCCCCGGCCUUACUUCAUCUCUCCCGACAGCGAGGUGUCUCUGCUCAAGCUGCUCGUCCUGCAGGGCUCACAGGCCACUCCGCAUGCCCUGGUGGGUGUGCAGCUGCGUCGGAGCUCCUUUGCAUGAAUGUGUAACGUAAGGGAAAGCCUGAUGGUGUUGGGCAGAGUUUGAACGACAGCAUCAAUGUGCUCAGUGAUUGAAACCGG